UGCAGUAUGGCUCGCCCGAUCCACUCCCGGGAAUGAAGAGGAGACUCGCGAUCACCCGGUGAGGCACUGAGAGCCAGAUGGCGAGAGGAUCUUACCGGACAGAAACCAGUGAUCACUUGGGAGGUCACCCGGGCUUCUGGAUGUAAUCGGAGAGCGUGAAAGAGGUGGCCUCGUAAGAAAAAAAGAAAAAGAAAAAGAAAAAAAAAAAAAAGAAAAAGAAAAAAAGAAAGAAAAAAAGAAAAAGAAAAAAAAGCACAACAAUCCUUUGAGAGGAGGGGGAAUUGAGUUUAUCCGUUUUUGCCAAGGUUUUGAUAAACGGUUCGAUGUCUUGUACGUUUGAUAUAAGAUGAGAACUUUCUAAAGUAUUCCGUCCAAGAGCCUAAGGAUGACUACCCCAGCGCUGCUGCCCCUGUCUGGUCGUAGGAUACCGCCUCUGAACCUGGGGCCGCCCUCCUUCCCACACCACAGGGCUACCUUGAGACUCUCCGAGAAGUUUAUCCUUCUCCUUAUUCUUAGUGCCUUCAUCACCCUGUGUUUUGGGGCAUUCUUCUUCCUUCCAGACUCUUCAAAACACAAACGCUUUGAUCUGGGCUUAGAAGAUGUGUUAAUUCCUCACGUAGAUGCCGGCAAAGGGGCUAAAAACCCCGGAGCCUUCCUGAUCCAUGGACCCGACGAACACAGACACAGGGAAGAAGAAGAGCGUCUGAGAAAUAAGAUCAGAGCUGAUCAUGAGAAGGCCUUGGAAGAAGCAAAAGAAAAAUUAAGAAAGUCAAGAGAGGAAAUCCAUGCAGAAAUUCAAACAGAGAAAAGUAAAGUAGCCCAAGCAAUGAAGAUAAAGGAGACCAGGGUACUGCCACCUGUCCCUGUCCCACAGCGUGUAGGGGUCAGUGGUGGAGACCCAGAAGACACUGAGAUAAGGAAGAAAAGAGAAAAAAUUAAAGAGAUGAUGAAGCAUGCCUGGGAUAAUUACAGAACAUACGGAUGGGGACAUAAUGAACUCAGACCUAUUGCAAGGAAAGGGCACUCCACUAACAUAUUUGGAAGCUCACAGAUGGGUGCCACCAUAGUGGAUGCGUUGGAUACCCUUUAUAUCAUGGGACUUCAUGAUGAAUUCAUGGAUGGGCAAAGAUGGAUUGAAGACAACCUUGAUUUCAGUGUGAAUUCAGAGGUGUCUGUGUUUGAAGUUAACAUUCGGUUUAUCGGAGGCCUCCUCGCUGCAUAUUACCUGUCAGGAGAGGAGAUAUUCAAGACUAAAGCAGUGCAGUUGGCUGAGAAGCUCCUUCCUGCCUUUAACACACCUACUGGCAUUCCCUGGGCAAUGGUGAAUCUGAAAAGUGGAGUAGGUCGGAACUGGGGCUGGGCGUCUGCAGGUAGCAGCAUUCUGGCUGAAUUUGGCACACUGCAUAUGGAGUUUGUCCACCUCAGCUACCUGACUGGUGACUUGAUUUACUACAAAAAGGUCAUGCACAUUCGGAAACUACUCCAGAAAAUGGAACGCCCAAAUGGUCUUUAUCCAAAUUAUUUAAACCCACGUACAGGGCGCUGGGGUCAGUAUCACACAUCGGUUGGUGGUUUGGGAGAUAGUUUUUAUGAAUACUUACUGAAAGCAUGGCUGAUGUCAGAUAAGACAGACCAUGAGGCAAGAAGGAUGUAUGAUGAUGCUGUUGAGGCAAUAGAAAAACAUCUUAUCAAGAAAUCCCGAGGAGGUCUUGUCUUCAUUGGAGAAUGGAAGAAUGGACACUUGGAAAGGAAGAUGGGGCACUUGGCCUGCUUUGCUGGGGGAAUGUUUGCACUUGGAGCAGAUGGUUCCAGGAAGGACAAAGCUGGCCACUAUCUAGAACUAGGGGCAGAAAUUGCACGAACAUGUCAUGAGUCAUAUGACAGAACUGCGUUAAAACUAGGUCCUGAGUCCUUCAAGUUUGAUGGUGCAGUGGAAGCUGUGGCUGUGCGGCAAGCUGAGAAGUAUUACAUCCUCCGUCCAGAAGUAAUUGAAACCUAUUGGUAUCUGUGGCGUUUCACCCACGACCCAAGAUACAGGCAGUGGGGCUGGGAAGCAGCACUGGCUAUUGAAAAGUAUUGCCGAGUCAGUGGUGGCUUUUCCGGAGUCAAGGAUGUAUACUCCCUCACUCCGACGCACGAUGACGUACAGCAGAGCUUCUUUCUUGCUGAGACAUUAAAAUACUUGUACCUACUGUUCUCUGGCGAUGACCUUCUACCUUUAGACCACUGGGUGUUUAACACAGAGGCUCACCCUCUGCCCGUGUUACGUUUAGCCAACAGCACUCUUUCAGGUAAUCCUGCUGUUCGAUGAACAGCUCCAGAAGGACCAUUCUUACCUGUGUUUUGUUUACAUGGACCACUACAGACGUUGUCUGGAGAGGCGGCUUUGAAAACCUGGACCUCUACAUCACCAUGCCGGAUGAAACUCUCCCCUUCAAGACUUUUCACUUGUAGAUACAUCAACUUUGAAAUUAUUCCAUUUUAUACCUGACCAAAACAUGUUCUGGUACAUGUAGGACAGAGGCCUGAUGUGCUUUGACUCUUAAUGAGAUGGCCACAUGAGAAACAAUGUCUUAUUCUGUAUCGUUAGUGCAAGCCAAGAACAUAGAACACCUUCCAGGAGUUAGAGAUGGCUUUUGGAACCAAUUAUACCUUUCUUUCCUCCCACCGUGGAGCAGCUUUCAAAUCAAAUAUUACACAUUGCUUAACCCCUUUCCUCCACUUUAGUAAAUAAUGGGACACACUGGAGUGAACAAGAACAAAGGAACAGUGUAAUUACAUCAGUAGAAGAAGACUUGGAGAAGAAACAGACACUGUCCCUGUCUGAAUAGUCAAGCUCCCCAUUGGAUUUUUACUGGACUGGUAACCAUUUCACUCCCAACAUAGUUCAUUGAAAUCUGUUUAGAUUUAGUUUUUUUCUGGGGGGCAUAACCUCAUGAAGAAUACUUUUCAAGUCUCUUGUCUCCAUAUGGUAUGCUGAAACUGGUAUUUAUCAUAACUGCUGCUUAUGAGCCCGAGUGUGGGAGUGUGCAUGUAGCUCACGCUAGUAUGGGUAGCAUGCAGAAGGUGGGGAAGGUGCCAGUUUGUUGCCUUGAAACCUGUUCUCAAGAAUCCUUGAUUUUGUUGGUAAGGAAAUUAUUCUUCUGAACCAGCAAGUCUUAUCAAGCAAAGAAACCUGCUUUAAUCAUGUACCGCAGUUAGUAGAGUUGUUCACCUCACAGCUUUCUGUGGCUUGGCAGAAUUCACUCUAACUGUCAUGCACUCUGCCUUUGCUAGAACAAGCUGAGUCGCUUUCACAACACACUAAAGCAGAAGCAGACAUCUCAUCGUCCCUCAAUUACCUCACAUGUGUGAGCUACUCACAAAGAUUUUAUGUUUUUAUGUUUCUCCAAGAAUAUUAUAUAUCCAAAGAACUAAUAGAAUAGCUUCAAAAUAAUCUCCAGUGGCAAAUGUGUGAUAGAAUUAAUCCUACUCACUAAAACUGGCAUAAGCCUAAGGAACUUACAGAUAUUGUGGGGUUUUUUGUUGUUAUUGCUUAAUACUUUGGCAAAAAAAGGUAAAAUUUUAUCAAAAUCUAUAAGGUAAAUAUUAAUGCUUAUAAAAUUUUUGUCCCCUGAAUUUCUAUGACAAUACAAGACACUCUCCCUCAUUUUUUCAUUUAGUACAGACAUCAUUUUUUGAUGAUAAUAGAACUUGAGAACACUAUAAUCUAAUAUUUGCUCUGAAUUUGAAUAUUUGAUAGAACAGUUUGUUCAUGAGCUCUGCUUUGGAAUUUUGAACGCUUAUUUCCUUGGUUGGUAGCUUUUCUUUUUAGCUCUCUACUAGCAUAUAGCAGACUUAAAUUGUGGGAAAAGUCAAUAUAAUCAGACAUAUAAGGGUGACCGUCUUACACUGUAAGUCAUCUGGUCCUCAGAGUUCAGCCAGUGCUGCAUAAGCUUGCCCCCUCACACCUGUUCAGUAUUCAUAGAAGACAACAUGGAGAGAGCGAGUUCUAGCACAUUUCAAAAUGGUGAUAUCUUUUCCUACUUGAAAUUUUUAAAGUGUAAAUGAGAAAGGUAGAUCGCUAUUACUUUAAAGAGAAAGAGAAGGUUUUGGUUCUCAGAAGAGAAAAAAGUGAGCCUUCUCAAAACAGCACAAGUCCACUCACAAGUCAAGAUAAAGUGAAAAGCUGGAGGUGGCAGAGACCAGAGCAGCAAGCAGGGCACCAACCGUGUUUCACUUUGUUCACGUCAGUGCAGUAAAGGCGCCAUCUUGGUUCCCCAGGAAUGCUCAGAGGAGACAAAACAGCAUCUCCCACCCCCACCCAGUGCUCUUGUCGUUCACAUGAGCCUAGAGCAUAAGAGGAGGCAUGGGUGUGAGCAGGGCAUGGUUCAUGUGAAGAUCUGAAGACUGUCAUUUUAACACCCCGUCUUUGUGAUGAGAACUCGAGCUUACGACAAUGCUUUUUCUUCUCUGAAUACCAAAGGCAUUAAAGUCAGGUGUAAAUGACUUGCCAGUGUCAUGUUGUAUUUUGUUAAUGGAUUUUAAAGAUAUUUUUCCAAAAUCUAGCAUUACCCCAUAUUUUGCUUACAUUUUAAACGUGUGUCUUCUUCCAUCCUUCAUACCCUUGACAUUUUGUAGACCUCAAUACUCAGGCCCCAUACUCAUUGUGUUUAUAAAAUUGGAAAGGAAUCCAGCAAUGCUUACUCACUAGUGCCUCAACGCUUCACCCUCUGCUAUGGGCACGAUCGUGCAGAAUAGACAAUACAUAAAAAUGGGGAUUGUUGAACACCUCUAACUUCCAUAUUUAUUGCUCAUUUUAGAAUCACAUCUUUUGAUUCAAAGCAGAUUUUUAGAAAAUUAAUGAGCCACUAUGAAGUUAUUAAAACUAAGAAUGAGCCCUUGAAGAAGCCUCGGUCCAGACGAGUCCUGAGCUGGAGGCGCUGUCUCUCAGGGGGGCUGUGCAUGCUGUGCUCCUCUACGCACCAGUUCCUGUCUUCUGACUGGGGUGUGGGUGUAAAGAAAGCCUAGGUAUCGAAGGAGUGCCCUGUUCCUCUAGGACACCAAGGCUUCCCUUGGAAGGUGUCAGUCAAGCAGUUUUUCUCCUCUUUUCCACUCUUCAUCGCCAAGGUCUUCGUCAGACUCCAGAUUUAUUGAUAAAAGCUUGCGCUUGCCCUACUGGUUAUGAUGCAGGCUCCCCGUAAGCCAGAUCUUUGAGUGAGCGCAUGCGUGAGAGAGUGAGUGGGCAGACAGCUGCGGAACAUUGCAUCCGUGCCAAGCUCUGUGCCUGGCACCAUUCAAGCCUUAGAACACGACACGUGAUUCCAAUGGCAUUUUCUGUAUGACAGUGGUUCAUAUCAUUUUAAAUGUUUUCCAAAAUGGAUCAUGUUAAGAAAUUCUUAAUUUUAUAUUUCAUUUAAAUUAAAGAGAAAGAUAAAGGUUUAUAAUAUAUUUUAAACACUGUUACUAUAUAAUACUAACAACUAUAAUUGUAGUUAAUAACUAAAGUCUCUUGGAAAUGUCAAAGAAAUAUUUGAUUUCUGAUGCAUCUUUGACUAAAAUAUUUACUUCAGAAAUAAAAACAGUCUUAUUUUGUUAUCACUUUACAUUAUUAAAGUCAAUAUUUUGUAGA